AUGAGGCAAGAAACGACAGCGUACGCCGAAUUAUUUCAAUAUUAUUCUCUCUUCCAACCAUUUCCCCGUCCACCUACUUUUUUUAUAUAUCUCUUUUCCUCUCGCCCUCAUUCGCUGGUUGUUCUACCUGUCUCUGUUUUAUACUCUCUUUCUUUCCCCAGAUAUUUUCCUUACGAGUUCCUUGUCUUUUCUUUUGUUUUUCCUUUGUCUUACUCUCCGGUAUUUCGUUUCUUUACUUUCUCUUCUUGCUUCUCUCGUCCCGGCAAAUCUUUCUCCAUCUACGUACACUCUUUCUAUAUUUCUUUUCCUCUUUUCCUCACACACAAGCUCUGUUUUGCCUCCCUAUCUUUAUUUUAUACUCUCUUUCUUUCCCCAGAUAUUUUUUCUCUCUAUUCUUUUCUUCUCUUUCUCUUCUUUUUCAAUCCUUGUCUUUUGUCUUUUCUUUUUCUUUUUCUUUUCAAACGAACAUUUCACUCUCUCAAAUGUUUUUUUCUGUCUUUCAUUUCUCUUCGUGACGCCCUAAUACUGCCACUCUUUUUCCUUAUAUCUACUUUAUUUCCAUCCCGUUUAUUCUCCCCUCACCUUUUAUUAUUUAUCAUCAUCAUCAGUCUCUAG